AUAAUAAAAAAAUCUAUCCAGUUAAUCAGCUGACUGUCAAAUUUGUUGUUUGUUAUUGUCAUUGGUCAACCUUCAUAUUAUUAUCUUCUGGUAAAUCAUUUACAAGUGGAAAUCGAUUUGAUAUGUGACUUUGAAAGGGUGAUAUGAUACCGGAAGGCUGCCUAAAUUUUUUGUCUAAAUGGAGAUUGUGGAUAAGACCCCUAUUUAUUCUUUUAUACGCGUUAGCCGCUUUAAUAUUCGUGCCUUUGUUCUUGGUAAAAUCAGUUCAGGAUGGGUUUAAUCGGAGGGACCAAGAGAUCCUUAUCGCCGGGAUUUUUGUUCUUUUGGCCAUACCAAUUUCUUUAUGGGAAAUUAUUUUGCACGUUAUUCAUUACACACAGCCAAAAUUACAAAAACACAUAAUCAGAAUAUUAUGGAUGGUACCGAUUUAUGCAGGAAAUGCUUGGCUCGGAUUAACGUACCCAAGUUACGCAAUUUACGUUGAUUGUGCUCGAGAAUGUUACGAAGCCUACGUAAUUUAUAAUUUCAUGAAAUUCCUUUUAAACUAUCUAAACAUGGAGAUGAAUCUUGAGGUGAGUUUGGAAUUAAAACCUCAAGUGAAACAUAUUUUUCCUUUGUGUUGUUUACCGGAUUGGGAAAUGGGGAAAGAGUUUGUGCACAUUUGCAAACAUGGGAUUUUACAAUACACUGUUAUUAGGCCAUUAACAACAGCCAUAGCUUUUAUCUGCAAAGUAAACGAUGUUUAUGGAGAAGGUGAAUUUAAAGGAAACGUUGCUUUCCCUUACUUAGUGGGGGUUAAUAAUAUAAGUCAAUUUAUCGCUAUGUAUUGUCUGGUCAUGUUUUAUAAAGCUAGUCUUGCGGAGUUAAGACCAAUGAGACCUUUACCAAAGUUUCUAUGUAUCAAAGCUGUCGUUUUCUUUUCAUUUUUCCAAGGUGUUUUGAUAGACGUUUUGGUCUAUUCUGGUGCUAUUACCCCAAAUAAACCAAACAAUGAUGAUGAUCUCAGCAUAUCAACAAGAUUACAAAACUUUAUAAUAUGUAUCGAAAUGUGCAUGGCAGCCAUUGCACAUCACUAUAGCUUCUCUUAUAAACCGUACAUAAGACCUGGAUCAUCUCAAUCGUGUUGCACCGCUUUCUUUGCAAUGUUGGAUGUCUCUGAUGUGCAUCGAGAUAUUCAGGAACAUUUAGGGAUUGUCGGCUCAUCGAUUAGUAGGAGAAUACGAGGACGAAGUAUGUAUACUAUGACGAGGGGCGAAGAUGAGUACUCAAAUUUAGUACCGAAAUCAUCAAGCGCCCCAACUGGGGGUUUGUAUCAAAACGAAAGUGAAGAACAGUUUAGUUACGGCUCAAUUGAGAGUGAACCAAAUUCUGGGAGGAGGAAUUUAUCUCCUGUCCCUAUACAUACGAAUAUUAAUCGUAAAAAUGAUGAUGAUGGCUUUAUAAAUUUAUGAAUUUGAUUAAAAAAAUAAAUAAAAGAUAUAAGAAGAUUGGAGAAAGAUGACAAGAUAAGAGUAUUAUGGUUUAUCUUUUUGUUAUUUCUAAGAUUAAUUUUUCUUUUGUGUAGCAUAAAAGUCUGUAUAUUUUUAAAAGUAUGUA